AGUCAUUAAAGAAACUCUAAGACUCCAUCCACCAGUUCCACUUUUAGUCCCAAGAGAAUGUAGGGAAGAGACGGAUAUAAACGGCUGCACUAUUCCUGUGAAGACCAAAGGGAUGGUUAAUGUUUGGGCAUUGGGAAGAGAUCCGAAAUAUUGGGAUGACGCAGAAAGCUUUAAGCCAGAGAGAUUUGAGCAGUGCUCUGUCGACUUUAUUGGUAACAAUUUUGAGUAUCUUCCCUUUGGCGGUGGGCGAAGGAUUUGUCCCGGGAUAUCAUUUGGCUUAGCCAAUGUUUAUUUGCCGUUGGCACAGUUGUUAUAUCACUUCGAUUGGAAACUCCCUAAUGGAAUGGAGCCAAAAGACUUGAACUUGACUGAAUUGGUUGGAGUAACUGCUGCCAGAAAGAUGACCUUAUUUUGGUUGCCACUCCUUAUCAACUACCAAGACAAUGAUUUUCAGCAUUUUAUAGAAUAA